UCUGAAUGCGGUAAUUGGUUUCUCAGGAAUCGAGAGCUGACUCUUGACAACACUCUCCUGCUUGUUCCUUCCAAUAAUAUUAAACAGCACUUGCCCUCACGUCCUCAAUACGACGUCAUGUCUUAAAGAAACCGAGAUAAAGAUCACUAAAAACAUUAUUGGCUGAGUGGAGCGGUUGUAAUAACACAACCACUUUCGUCGAAUCUGAUGCUAAUUUUCCUCUUGGAGAGACGAUAAUUUCAUCGUCGGGUGCCAAAACUAGGUGACAACAAUAACCCUGCUGAAAUUGUCCGGUCUGAGAAAACAGAUUUUGAAUUAAGUGAGCGUGUCUUAUGCUGAUUGGUCCUAUGUGAGACGGAGAUUUUCAUGAACUUAAAGAAGAAGUUUUUCACCAUCGUGCAUUCAAGCAUUAUGUGAUAUCCAGAAUAUGUUUGGAUCUUUCUUAGGUUGGUCAGGCAUAUUCAUCUCUUGCCGAACCACCGUCCACCGACCAAAAAUUUAAUAUUCAGGAAGAAAUUGAUUUGUUUUUUCACGACGGAUUCCAUUAAAACUCGUUUUAGUCGUGACAUGGGACUUCUGGAAGGUUCGUGUUCAUAAAUGAUUCUUGCCAUGAUUCUUGUUGUUGAUGAUAUAUCUACUACCCUGCCAUUUCUGUUCGAAUUCCCGACGAAGAGAAAAUCGAAUGACUUACUGUAACUGAUUUCAGUGAAACCUGUUCAUCGACUUAAUAACUCGAACUAUUCUUUCGACUCGCCUGAGGCUAGCUAAUCGAAAACUGUUAUCUUGCAUUACAUUCAGCUUUUAUUUCAGCAACUUGAUAAGUCAUACCCUGUCAGCUCCGCUUGUAUCAGGAAUUCUGAUUGAAGAUGAAUUCAUCUUCGUCCAAUUCAUCUUCAGAGAACUAUUCCAUAGAGAGCGUGGUGGAUAUUGUCCAUUUUGCGGUGUGUGUCUUCAUCACGCUGGUCAGUUUUCUUGGGAACACUUUUGUCAUCUUGGCAAUUGUCAAGAACCCUAACCUUCGCACGGUGUCCAAUUACUUCGUGAGUUCUCUUGCAGUUACAGACAUCUUAGUCUCCAUCUUCAUCUUGCCUCUAGGUCUCCAGUUGCUCUUCCUCAGACGAUGGUACAUCGGAAGGGUGGUGUGCACGCUUUGGGUUAGUCUGGAUGUUCUUCUGAUAACGGCAUCCAUUCUGAGUCUUUGCGCCAUCUCCAUCGACCGUUACCGAGCCAUCAACCAACCUGUCAAAUACUCCGUGAGACGGACCCCGACUUUAGCAGGCAAAAUUAUAGGAGCAAUUUGGUCGACGUCCUUUCUUGUCAGCGUGCCAUCCGUAUUCGUAAUCGACUACUCGAACGAGGAACUACAGUGUGGUCUGAAGAGGAAUGCUGCAUUUGCCGUUUGCUCCUCUUUUGUUUCCUUCUACGGUCCUCUCUUUGUCGUGCUCUUUGUCUACGUGAAGAUCUACCGAGCAGCCAAGAAACGCGCCAAAAUGGUCGGUAACAACGCGGCCUCCAUGGCCGAGUACUCGGUUGAGAUGAAGCCUCAGCUCCAGCGGCAGACGACUCUCCAAAGACUCCGAUCAACGCUUUCCCGCGCAAAUGUGUUCCAGGCAGGAUCGCAGAAUUCAGGAGGGACUUCGUCGUCUGGUAACACGAACAGGAUUUCGACGACUCGUGAGCGGAAAGCGGCUAGAACGAUUGCGAUCAUCGUCGGCGUCUUCAUAGCAUGCUGGUUACCUUUCUUUGUCAUGCAUGUCACGUUGUCUGUUUGUGACACUUGCAACGUUUCAGAACGAGCUUACAUCAUCAUAUCAUGGAUUGGCUACUGGAACAGUGCACUGAAUCCGAUAAUUUAUACACUGUUCAACAAAGAUUUCCGGCGAGCUUUCAGUAAAAUGUUAAGGUGCAAAUUAGCACUGAUAUUCUUUAUUACAAAAAAUCUUGGUCGACCUGAAAUGGAAACACCCAGCGAUUCAACGGAAUCAUCAAGUGUCUUAAUGACGACAUGGACUGCUUUUAAGAUAACCAUUUAUGUUGUCAUCAUGAUAACCGCCAUCAUUGGAAAUUCUAUGGUCUUUAUUGCCAUAGGAUCGUUUCAGAAUUUGAGAACAGUAUCCAACCAGUUCGUUUUAUCACUUGCGACGUCCGAUUUUGUUGUGUCUCUUGUGAUCUUACCCUUUUCUGUCCAGGAAGCCUACUAUAGUCAGUGGUACCUUGGAAAUGUCCUCUGCAGGUUCUGGCUUGCAUGUGAUGUCCUCUUCGUCACGAUCUCCAUCUUCAAUCUGGCAGCGAUCUCUAUCGACCGGUACCGCUCCAUAAAGAACCCGCUCAAGUAUUCCCUCAAACGCACCAACCGGAUGGCGUACAAACACAUAGCAGUUGCCUGGCUGCUUUCGCUUCUUGUCGGUGUACCUCCUUUCUAUUUUUCUGCAUAUCAUGACAACAGUUGUUACCUGAAACUAUUUCCGUACUUCAUCAUUCCUGCCACCACGAUAGGCUUCUUUUUGCCCUUAGCUAUAGUUAUUUUCACGCAUACGCGCAUCUUUUGGAUUGCCAAGAAACACGCGUCUCGAGUGUCCCACGGACCCGGAACAGUUUCAGAAGGCACCGGAAGUGAUCCAACCCGCAGGCAGGAGAGCACUGGCAAGAGGGCCACAUCACUUGCUGUACCUGAAACAAAAGCUUCUGUUAGCCGAAUCCUCAACGAAGAUGCCUCGAUAGCUGCGAGACCUACUCCGAGCGGAUCACAUCAGCCAGACUUUGGGAAACCCAUCAGCAAUAAAAUCUCUGUGGCUCGAGAAAGAAAAGCUGCUCGCACUGUUGCGAUUGUAAUAGGGGUCUUUACGGUUUGUUGGAUGCCUUUCUUUGUGGCAGUAUCGGCGGCUUCUGUCUGUCGGUCUUGUGAUCCUCAGCAGUUCCAUCUUCAGGUUCUUACGUUCAUAGGCUAUGCAAAUAGUGCCGCCAAUCCAAUCAUCUACACUAUCUUCAACAAGGAGUUCAGACAAGCUUUCAAGAAGAUACUACACUGUAAAUUCAGAUAGACGUAGAUACAAUCACAACCUGGCAAGAAUGGACUCGGUAUAUACUUG